AUGGUUAGAGAAACUUUGAUUUGCCUUGACCGUGCAGAUGCGCAAAGUUCAAAAGGUUUCAGAAAGGUGUUGGGGAAGUUUAACCAUAUUUUUUUAUUACUGAAUUCUUUCUCUCAAAUGUUUUUGUUCUUUUGUAUUGCACUUAAAUUCAAAACCAAUUGGGCAGCGCUUUGA